AUGCGAGGUCAGUUUAAUGGGUUAAAAGCACUUAUAUUGAAAGAUAAUGAAAAUGCCUUCUAUGUUCAUUGUUUUGCUCACCAAUUUCAACUGGCAUUUGGAGCUAUGGCAAAAAAGGAUACAAAUAUUGAGAGACUUUUUUUGAAAGUUUCUUGUGUUAUAAAUAUUGUUGGAUGGUCACCUAGACAUAGGGAUCUUCUUAAUGAGAAACAAGCUUUGAAGGUGAAAAAAGCUACUGAAAGUGGUGGGCUUUCAACAGGGCAAGAUCUUAAUCAAGAUACUAGUCUUAAGCGGCCGAGGGAAACACAGCAGGGUUCACAUUAUGGGACUUUAUUGAACUUGAUUAAUUUGUUUUCAUCUAUUAUUGAAGUGCUUGAGGAUCUUACUGAAAAUUCUGAUAAUAGAGUUGACGCAAGUGAUUUGGUGGAUUAUAUGACUUCUUUUGAUUUUGCUUUUAACCUGCACAUGAUGAAAAACAUUUUGGGAAUCACAUUUGAACUUUCACAAACAUUGUAA